UUAAUCGUUAUAACCUAUAUAGACGACUUUCUUCUAGUUAGCCUAAAGGAGAAAGAGCUAACUAAUCUAAAAGUAGUCCUACAAAGCGCGUUUAAGAUAAAGGACUUAGGCCCUUACUACUACUUUAUAGGCGUUAGGAUCGUUAGGAACAGGGCUAACAGGAUUAUAUCCCUUAUACAAGACGCUUACGUUAACAAGGUACUAAAACGCUUUAAGAUAAGUAACUACAAAGCCUCUAAAACACUAUUAGAUCUAGCUUACGCAAAGCUUAUAGUUUUAAACCUAGAACACGCUAUAGCAGAUUAG